UAUUGUGGUUGUAGCCAUAUUGCAUAGACGCGAUCUGCAUUGUAGAAUAAAUACAAGUACAAGCAAUUAUAGACCUAUACAUGCCCUGUGAUAUAAUACUCUGAAAUAUUAAACAAAUAGUAAUUUUUUAAAAUUAUGAUGAUUAAUUAUUAUAUAUUCAGCCGGUGUACGCUCAGUUCUUAAAAGUUCUUAAUCAAGAUGAAAUUAAUAAUAAAUACCACGCAUAUCACAGUGCUGUGAGGUAAAUAAACUCUAAAACAACACGGAGACGGACAUUUUUAAGGUUAACACGACCACUCAUUUUAUAGAAAAAAAAUAAUUUGUUUUUAUUAAUUAUUUAAAAUGAAUUUUUCGGAGCAAAAUGGUAUUCAAGGAUUACCACAGUUUUCGGAAAUAACAUCACGAGCGAAUUUUAUAUCAAGUUCUAAUUUUACAACGACUUCGGCUCAGUUACUUGGUGUUCAGAGUUCUGUUUACACAACUACGACAUCGAGUGAUUCAGGAAAACAAACUAUUUUGACAAACCAUGCCAAUAAAUAUCCAGGGUCAUUAUUAUGGUCAAACUCAAACGCUCUGAUGCAGUUGUGUGAAAAGCAAGCUCUUCAAACAAUAAACAUUCCGAACUAUAGUCAAAAUAAUUCACUGCUCAGUGUUGGUGGUACGUCGUCGAACAGUUUACCGGUGAGAUUAUUACCAAAUAUGUAUUUGCCCACAACAUCGCAACCUGAUACCACAGUAAAUGUUAAACAAGAAGAUGUGAAUGGUGGUGCAAGCAACGCCAAUGUCAGUAAUGAUGAUCAACCGCACAGUAUCCAACAGCUGCAAAAUGCAGCUAUGGCAGAGUAUUUUCAAAAAUUACAAGCUGGUAAACUACCACUGGCUACAUUGCAGCAAUUAAUUAAAAUACAGUCCGAGCCUAUGAAGAAAGACAAAUCUGAUGUUGAGGAAGAGAGAAGUGAACAACCGCAAAACAAUAUUCUCAAUAUUCCAUGUGUUCCAGGUUUUCGUAACAAUUUACAGAAUGUAAAUCCAUAUUUAAAUUUAGAUCAACUGGCGGGAAGUAUUAAUCCAACUGACUUGAAUAUUCAUAUUGAGACUGAUCCAAUGACCAGCAGUAGUAGUAGUAGUACUGCAACAGCGGUACAACCGCCUAUGAAAGUUGAACAGCAAAUUCAAACAGAUUCACCUAAAACUGAACGUAAAACUAAAUUUCGUGCUAAACUCGGUGAAAUUAAAAUUGCAACAUCUAUUGACGGUUCUCUUCUUUACUGUUGUCCUGAAUGUAAUAUGUUUUUUCAAGAAAAAUUGGAUAUUGAUCAACAUAUUCAAAUUCAUCUUCAGGAACGUAAGUAUCAAUGCAAAGAGUGUGGUGCAAUGCUAAAAAGAAAAGAACAUUUAGACCAGCACAUGCGAGGUCACUCGGACGAAAGACCAUUCAAGUGUCUGGUCUGUCAGAAAGCAUUUAAACGAAAUGAGCAUUUAACGAGGCACUUUGUGAUCCACUCAGGAGAUAAAAAUUUCACGUGUAACAUUUGCCAGAAAGCAUUUUCGCGCAAGGACCAUUUAAAUAAGCACACACAAACACAUUUGGGCAUCAGGCGCGGAAAAAGUAAAAAGGAUGUAGUGCCGAUUGAAGUGAAAGAAACCAUCGAACCAGUCGGGGAUGUUUUAAAACAUGACUUGAGCUAUAUAUUAAAAGAUGGAACAUUUAUCAAACAAGAGCCGGCCUCUUUCUUGCAACAUAUACAAAAUUUACACAAAGAUCAGCAAUUGAGUCAAACUUUUUCCGCAUACAAAGAACAAGCUUUAAAGGAAAACGGGAUUCAUCAACAACCGGCUGUAAAUAUGAAUGAAAUUUUGCCUCAAAAUACGAGGUAUUUGAUGCCGUCUUAGUGUAUUAAAUUAAAAAGUAAUUUAAAUAUGCUUUCAAAGAAAUAAUUUUUUUUUAAUUUACAUUUUAUUAUUUAUUACGUCGAAGCUAUUGAAUUUUUCAUUCAUCAUUAAUAACUAGUACGUGUACGUUGAUUAUUAUUUUAUACAAUUAAUAUUUAAUAGUUCGUAUAAUAAUUUUUUAGGAAAUUUUUUAUGAGACAAGUAAUUUUUUUCGAACUUUUUUUUUUUAAUGUAAAUGUAGAUUAAUUAAAGCAAGUAUGAGAGUAAUGGUUCAAGGUAGAGUGGGCUUUACAAUUGAUGUUUUAAUAUUAGGAGACAAUUGUCUAUAGUUCGUUAUAAAUACGAAACUGACUGCACCAUUGGCUGUGACCAGCUUCAUUGUAGGUUGCUUUGCCGAUUGUUCACUUAGAACAUUUAAUGUGCCACUACGUAACGGUGAUUUUUUUUAUUUAAAUGUUAUUUUACUACGGACAAAUUGAGUUUUAGUUAUUUAUUUUUAUUUC